AUGAACGGCGAUGGUGCGAAUUCCACCCUCAGUGGAUGCUCGACGCGUGAUGCACACGCUUUUGUCCUCUCAGCCUGCGACCAGUCCGAGUUGCCGCUGAAUGCCGCUAAGAUCCCUCAGCUGCCAGAGGUGAGCUAUCUCUCUUUUGCCCGCGUAGCGCGCGGGCACGACAACAUCAGCAUUGCUCUCAUCACGGAGAGCCAGGAGAUGAACCUCCUGAUUUCCUCGACAACCGACGAUCCCGUCGAGGAGGAUGUGUCUCAUCCUUCCUUAUCGGUAUGGAAGGAUUUGGAAACGAACCCCUACUACGACUUGGUUCGUGAGUUCCAAGAUAGCUUCCCGGACAGUGUUCCGAAAUGCCUCCCCAAAGACAAAGGGGUAAGGCACAACAUUGACUUGGUGCCCGGCACCAAGUGGUGCGUCACUCGACAGUGGCGACUACCACGCGACCAAGUCGCAUAUAUUGACGAGUUCUUGCAGCACGCAAGCGAGCCUGUCACGUGUGGGAGAGCAAGUCCCCGCACUCUUGUCCCACCUUGUGUGUUAAGAAAGGCAGCGGGAAAUGGCGCAUUAUUCACGCCUACAACAAGUUGA